AAGAGGAAGAAGGGCUUUUCCGUCUGGCAGGAGUGGGUUCAGGUCCUGACGGCUGCUGAGGACCAGCAGAUAUUAGCAACAGCCGUGACAGUCACAGGAAUAGAGCUGUGCCCCCCUGGAAAACGGUUCAUGAUCACGAUGGUGGCGAGCUUUGUGGCCAUGGCGGGGCAGUUCCUCAUGCCCGGGCUGGCCUCCCUGUGCCGAGACUGGCAGGUCCUGCAGGCCCUCAUCAUCUGCCCCUUCCUGCUCAUGCUGCUCUAUUGGUCGAUAUUCCCCGAGUCCCUGCGGUGGCUGAUGGCUACCCAGCAGUUUGAGGCUGCAAAGAAGCUGAUCCUGCACUUCACGCAGAAGAACUGCAUGAACCCCGAGAGUGACAUCAAAGGUGUGAUGCCCGAGCUGGAGAAGGAGCUUUCCCGGAGGCCCAAGAAGGUCUGCAUCGUGAAAGUGGUGGGAACCCGGAACCUGUGGAAAAACAUCGUGGUCCUGUGUGUGAACUCGCUGACGGGCUACGGGAUCCACCACUGCUUUGCACGGAGCAUGAUGGGCCACGAGGUGAAGGUGCCACUGCUGGAGAACUUCUAUGCCGACUAUUACACUGUGGCCAGCAUUGCCCUGGCAUCCUGCCUGGCUAUGUGCGUGGUGGUCAGGUUCCUGGGGCGCAGGGGCGGGCUGCUACUCUUCAUGAUCCUCACGGCCCUGGCCUCGCUCCUGCAGCUCGGGCUCCUCAACUUGAUUGGGAAAUACAGCCAGCAUCCAGACUCAGAGUUGCAGCUGAAGUUGGCCGUAGGUAUGAGUGAUAGUGUCAAGGACAAAUUCUCCAUCACAUUUUCCAUCGUGGGCAUGUUUGCCUCCCACGCGGUGGGAAGCCUCAGUGUGUUCUUCUGUGCAGAGAUCACCCCCACGGUAAUCAGGUGCGGCGGGCUGGGGCUGGUGCUGGCUAGCGCGGGCUUCGGCAUGCUGACAGCGCCCAUCAUCGAUCUGCACAACCAGAAAGGCUACUUCCUGCACCACAUCAUUUUUGCCUGCUGCACGCUCAUCUGCAUCAUCUGCAUCCUCCUGCUGCCUGAGAGCAGGAACCAGAACCUGCCCGAGAACAUCUCUAACGGGGAGCACUACACUCGGCAGCCGCUCCUGCCGCAUAAGAAGGGGGAGCAGCCCCUCUUGCUCACCAACGCCGAGCUCAAGGACUACUCCGGCCUCCACGACGCGGCCACCGCAGGGGACGGGCUGCCCGAGAACGCCACAGCCAACGGCAUGAAGUCCAUGUAGCUCUGGGCACGGCCUUCCCUGAAGGGGGCACUGUGGGCUCCAGGGGCUUGGGGGCUGUUUGGGCACAGGUUUACAGACCAGGGACCGAACACGUGGCUGAGGGGGGGGGGCAGGAAAACCCAAUUCUGCUGCUGAUGCCACGGAUCGCAAGACUGUCAACUGGUGUGGGGAAAUUCUGUCUUUCCAAAACUCUAAGGAUCGUGUGUGUGAGGAAGCAAACUCUUUGAAAAUAACCCUUCAGACUUUCUUUUCUGCCAUGAAAUGUUUGUAUUUAUUUUGGUCAUUUUUACGAGAAGCACUUUAUUCCCUUUCCUCUAACUGAUCUCGAAACAGAACCACCUCCUUCGGAAGAGGGACACGGUUGCCGAGGAGGACGCCGUAAGUAGCCAGCGCAGCGGCCCUGGAGGUCACACACCACCCUCAUCCAGCACCCCGCACUGGAGCCAGGGGCCCCUCCCUCUGGGCCCGCGCCCCCCAAGGCCGCCUGCCUGUGUGUGGACAGACUGACCUGUCGUGGAGUGUCUCCAUGACCGCAUUGUAGACAGAGUGAAAUGUAAACGAUUAGGUUUUUGCUAGAGAGUCUGUGUAUGGUUUCUAAAGGGUUUUUGUGUGUGUGUGUGUUUGUGAGGUAAGAGCUUCUGUUCCAUGCGUUGGGGGAAAGCAGCUCCCAAAUAUCAUUAAAACCAGCUUAGUCUUUCCUUCGA